AUGGCACUUGUUGAUUACGACCGUUCGCUAGAGCAUCGCAUAGACCACCGACAGAAGGCGCGACUGCAGCAGCGCCGCGUGGAAGCAUCCCAGAGGCGUGGGCCUGAGCAACGCAGUACAGUACCAACCCACCAAACCGCUGUGCCGCUGUUUCGACACAUUCUGGUUGCACAAAACUGCUGUGCCCCACCAUUGCUUGCACCAUUGGUAACAUCAUCUUCUAGAGGAAGUAAUUGGGCGAAAGUGAGAGUCGGCCGGGUGGCCUGGAGGAACAGAAGAAGAUCAAAGCCAAACGCCACCAUGUCUUCGAAUCAGAAUCGACGGGAUCCUGCCCCAACAGGCGAACGAACACCGCAACGCCGCCGCCAAUCGUCUGGUCGUCCUUCGUCCAGCUCGCGACAUCGCCCUGCAUCUUCCGGCGAACACACCUCAGACCCACAUCGCCCGCGACGAAACAGCAGCGCUCGGCGAGAACGGGAUGAGUCCGGUCGCAACCCACGACAUCUUCACAGCCACGCAGCGCAGCGCACUCGCAGACGGAGCUCUUCGCAUAGAACGCCGGGAGUGGCGAGUCGGCUCGAGCGACCACUUGAUGACAAGUCGGGAGGGGGCUACAGUACACGUCCAGAAGUGCGCGUGACCCAAUUGCCACUGUCAGCAGACGGCUACGGGGACAGCGCGACGUCACCCUACACGCCUUCGGCCAACGAUCGUGAUCCAAUGCUCGAGGCAGGCAGGAACGCCGAUCUCAAUCGGAAGAAGAGCUUGGUCAGGCCAGAGCGCAGGCGCAAUGAUCCCGACGAACCUGACUACUACUACCGCAAGCAUGCGCAGAACAUGAAUGUCAUGCCUUCGACGACCGGAAGAGAUCCCCAGGUCGAAGACGAUCUUCAGACGUUGAGCUCAGAUGCGACGAAACAUGGAUCAGACCCAUUGCAGGAAAAGGCCAAUCUUGAGCGCGGCAAGAGCAUAGCGACCAGAAGCGGCAGUAAGAAGCAUCCGAACAAGCUAUCGCGCAAGGCGACCCAGCAGGUCCGCGAGGAUGAAGAGAAGGAGCGCAGAAAACAAAAGAUCCAGGAAGCUAGUGGCACACCGAGUCUCUGGAGCACCUACUGCCAUGUCAUCACUUUCUGGUGUCCGAAUGUGAUCCUUGCGUGCUUUGGCAAGAAGCAGAAGGAGCAGCAGCGCGCGUGGCGAGAGAAGAUUGGUCUGAUCUCGGUCAUUGCCUUCAUCAUGACAUUCGUCGGAUACCUCACUUUCGGCUUCACGCAGACCGUCUGCCCACAGGGAGGUCCGCUCAGAUUGCGCAUCAACAACGUUGGAGAUGGGUACAUGAUCUUCCACGGCAAGGCAUACGAUCUCACCAGAAGUCAACAUCCUCUGGCGAGAGGUGUGCCGGAGAACAGCAAUGUACUCUUCGACCCUGACCCGCCUGGAAAGGGUAUGGACGGCAGCUUCAUGUUCCAGAACGUCAACGGAGCGUGCAAGGGACUCAUCACCGCUCAGCCGAACUCAGAUGUUGUGACCGACAACAAUGGCGAUCUGGCAUGGUACUUCCCGUGUAACAUGUUUGCGCAGGAUGGAUCCACACAGCCCAACAUGUCCAUCCCUUACUAUCUGGGCUAUGCAUGUCAUACUUCGAGGAAUGCUCGCGAUGCUUUCUACGGUCUCAGAUCGUCCGGAGAUGUCUUCUUCACCUGGGACGACAUCAGGAACCAGUCCAGGAAUCUUAUGGUGUACUCUGGAGACGUUCUUGAUCUCGACCUUCUAAGGUGGUUCAACCAGAGCCAAGUCGCCUAUCCUAGCAAGUUCGACCAAAUUUGGGAAAACACUGCUGUCAAGGGCAAGGAUGUCACCCUCGCCUUCUCAUCUGGUCAGGACAAGCAAAUUGCUCAGUGCUUCCAGGAGAUCAUCAAGGUCGGCUCCAUCGAUACCGAGACUGUCGGCUGCAUUGCUUCCAAGGUCGUCCUUUAUGUCUCCUUGAUCUUUAUUCUGGGCAUCGUACUCAUCAAGUUCGUCCUCGCAUUGGCUUUCCAGUGGUUCUUAUGUCGCAAGUAUGCUGCGCCAAAGACCAGCAUGACCAAAGACAAGAAGAAGCGACAACAGCAGAUCGAGGAGUGGUCAGACGAUAUCUACCGCGCACCACCAAAAAUCACUGACCCGGCGUCGGUAAGUGGCAGUGGUAGUGAUCGGACCAGCAAGCGUGGUAGCUUCUUGCCAACGACUUCACGAUUCACGAGCCCGUAUGCCAUCGAGAGGACCAUGAACAAAGACCGAGCGCCACCCACGACCAUGGUCUCCCAGCACUCAUCUGCUAAACUCAACCCUGCCGCUAUGUAUGGACACACCAAUAGAUCUGAGGCCACUCUGCAAGCGAUGGGUAACGAAAGCCGCGCUAGCCUGAUGGACUCUCACAACUUUGGCUCGCAUCGCUACAGCAGUGGGAUGCACCCAGAAACCGAUGCCAGCGGACCGCAAGGCUUCAUCCACGAGUCGGUCGUGCCUCAACCGCCGCCAGAGUGGCAACCCUUCGGCUUUCCUCUCGCCCACACCAUAUGUCUUGUCACAGCUUACUCAGAAGGUCCGGACGGUAUUCGCACCACACUCGACUCCAUCGCCAUGACCGACUAUCCCAACAGCCACAAGCUGAUCUACAUGGUUUGUGACGGCCUCGUCAAGGGUGCCGGUGAGAAGCUCACCACGCCGGAGGCCUGUGUCAGCAUGAUGAAGGAUUUCUCGAUCGCACCGGAAGAAGUGCAGCCUUUCUCCUAUGUUGCUGUUGCAAGCGGAAGCAAGCGUCACAACAUGGCCAAGGUCUACUGUGGUUUCUACGAUUACGGUCCGGACAGCAUCAUCCCUCUCGAGAAGCAGCAACGUGUGCCCAUGAUCACCGUGGUCAAGUGCGGGUCUCCUGCCGAAGCCAACGCAGCGAAGCCAGGUAACAGAGGCAAGCGCGACUCUCAGAUCAUCCUGAUGUCUUUCCUGCAAAAGGUCAUGUUCGAUGAGCGUAUGACUGAGCUGGAGUACGAGAUGUUCAACGGAAUCUGGAAGCUUACCGGCAUCUCACCGGACUUUUACGAGAUUGUGCUCAUGGUGGACGCAGACACCAAGGUCUUCCCUGAUUCACUCACCCACAUGGUCUCUGCCAUGGUGAAGGAUCCCGAAAUCAUGGGUCUUUGUGGUGAAACGAAAAUCGCCAACAAGACUGCCUCUUGGGUGUCCAUGAUUCAGGUCUUCGAGUACUUCAUCUCGCAUCACUCUUCCAAGGCUUUCGAAUCCGUUUUUGGUGGUGUCACUUGUUUACCAGGAUGUUUCUGCAUGUACCGCAUCAAGACGCCCAAGGGUGGUCAGAACUACUGGGUGCCAAUCCUCGCCAAUCCGGACAUCGUCGAGCACUACUCGGAGAACGUCGUCGACACCCUACACAAGAAGAACCUGCUACUACUGGGAGAGGAUCGAUACCUUUCUAGUUUGAUGUUGAAGACUUUCCCGAAGCGAAAGCAGAUGUUCAUUCCGCAAGCCGUUUGCAAGACGACAGUACCCGACACUUUCAAGGUUCUGCUCUCGCAGCGCCGACGAUGGAUCAACUCGACAGUGCACAACCUCAUGGAACUGAUCUUGGUUCGGGACCUCUGCGGUACCUUCUGCUUCAGCAUGCAGUUCGUGCUGUUCAUUGAAUUGGUCGGAACCUUGGUGCUCCCAGCAGCCAUCGCUUUCACCAUCUACGUCAUCGCCCUCGGUAUCAAAGCCGCCAUAACCAACACCGCCGCCCCCGUCAUCCCCCUCAUUCUCCUCGCCCUCAUCCUCGGUCUUCCCGGCGUCCUGAUCGUCGUCACUGCCCACCGCGUCUCCUACGUCGCCUGGAUGUUCAUUUACCUGCUCUCCCUCCCCGUCUGGAACUUCGUCCUCCCCAUAUACGCCUUCUGGCACUUCGACGACUUCUCCUGGGGCGACACCCGCAAAGCCGACGGCGAGAAGAAGGGUGCUGACAAAGGCGGUCACGGCGGCGAGGGCGAGUUCGACAGUAGUAAGAUUACGAUGAAGAGGUGGCACGAUUUCGAGCAGGAACGACGACUGAAGGGUCCACAGUGGGGUGGCAAUGUUAGUUAUGGAAGUUAUGGUCCUGGCGCGGGAGGCUACGGCAGUCCACAGCAGACAGAUGCGAGCACGGUUGGAGUGUAUGGAGUGGGACAUGAGAGGAAACCGAGCAGUUUGGUGCUUUGA